ACUCGAAGAGUGCUCCGGCUUUUUUCCCUGGCAAAGAUUCGUGCUGAGAAGACCUCAAUUAUCGGAAGCUAUGACACCGUUUUCUCGACCGCCGCCUCACGAAGACUCUGAGGAUUCUACAUGUGGCACAAUAGCCAUGGGUCGCGACGACUACAGUGCAGCAAGAACCCUCCUUUCCAUGAGCGCUCGCAUCGAAGAGGACAGUGAUACGAGACCACCACCUGGAGCUGACCUCACACCCCCUACGUCUGAGGAUGAACUCGAGGAAGUCCCCAAGAGCACAUCUGAGCUUGCAAGGCUACUGCUCACCAACACACCACCUCCACAACCUUGCCAACGGACAUCAAUGCCAGUCUCCGUCAUCGUCCGCGCACCACCAAAGCAAGUCACACCCCCGGCACAACCACUGAGGGUCCCCUCACCGUCACCCCCACUUCAGGUCACCCCUCACAGGAUACAGUACCUGCAGCACAAGCCGACUGUCGCCAUCGCACCUAAGCCAAUCGGCCCAGCAACGCUCUUCCCUGUCAUUGCAAGCGACGAGACGCCCGCGUUCGUGCUGGCUCCUCCCAAUGGACUGCCCCCUACACUAGUUCCCGUGCGGUUUGUUGUAGCCGGCCCCAUGAUGCUGGCCACGACGCGCACAGCUACGAGCCCAACAACGGUAAUCAGGCCUCUCGAAGACGAAAGGCGCAGGUCCUACGUUUGCAACUUUGAAAACUGCAACAAGACUUACUUCAAGAGCUCGCACCUGAAAGCACAUAUUCGCACACAUACAGGUGAAAAGCCUUUUGUCUGCGUGUGGAAAGACUGCGGCCGCCGUUUCUCCAGGUCGGACGAGCUCUCCAGGCACAAGCGCACCCACACGGGAGAAAAGAAGUUCAGCUGCCACCUGUGCGAGCGCCGUUUCAUGCGCAGCGAUCACCUCAACAAGCACAUCAAGAGGCACAGCAGCAGCAAGCGGGUCGCCCUGUGGCACGCUCACGUUGCUGCCUCGUGAACUCUUUCCUCCCCAAGAACUCUCGAAACCAGUGUUGCCAAGCAAUGCAACAUCUCCCUCCGCGUUCGGUCGGAGAAUCGCACCACCGAGCAUAUGCUGGAAAUGCGGCUCGGGCUCUUGAAGAGUUGCGCCCCGCGUGUAUCUGCGCCAAACAAGAACUGUGAUGUCGGUUGUGUAACGAACAGCCCCUCGGCAGAGAACCCCGCACUUUGCGCCUGCCUGCGUUGAAUCUUGUGAUGCAAGGCACAACAGUACUUUGGGCCGUAUGAAUUCCUGGUUGUAUGCACCGCUACUCGAUAGCUUCGAGCACCACCCCAAUACCGCCAACCAUCGCUGGUGCCUCGUAGCUAUUCGUGGGUGCAUCCCCCCCCCCCCCACAAGGCUGUCACAUCGGAGCUGCUCCGCAUGCGAUCUCAUUUUAUGCGGGUUGUGUUUUGUGGUUGAUGUACGAGGAGGAAAAGCUUUAAUGCGUUGUCUUCCCUUGCACAUUGCAAGGCUCAUGUUUGUGUGGAUGUUGUACUCUUCGGGUUAAGAGCACACAGGAUGUGCCAAUGCAAUGGAGUUUCCCUACUUUAGGAUUUGAGCGUUUAUAACAGAGUUGCUUUUUUUUUUAUGUCUGUGAUAUCUGAAACGUGAGAGGCAUAAGAACCGCUUGCCACAUAAGGUUACGCUUCAACAUGGAGAAAUGUUAUUUCGAGAAAUCGCCACUUUAAAAUAUAUGGCUAUGUCAUAAUCACCGCUGCGGGGCCUACACAAGUCAGGCCCCCCCCCCUCCCCAAUAUAACUGUGUGGAGCCUAUGUUACUUAAAUUGAUUUUACUCCUGAAAAAAAAAAAAAAGAGAGAGAGAAAAGGAAAGGAACACUGGGGGAGAGGGCUGUUCGUGACUUGUGCAGUUUCCCGAACAGUGACGCAGCACAAACUAACUCUAAGCGGGCACCACAGAAUGUGGGAACGACAUAUAUUUAUUUUGAGCCUGCUUUGUAUCAGAGCAUGGUAUGCGUGUGUGUAGAAGAGAAUGUACAUAUGUAACAAUGAUUCUACUUUUGAUAUUUGAAAUAAAGCAAAUGCAGUCCAGGUGU